CUUCUGGAGGCACUGUAAGAAUAUCAUUUACUGCCGUCUACAGCAUAGUUGUCCCAUGUUCUAUGGGAACUAUGACAACUAUGCUGCACAUGGCAGAAAUGCAUGUAGGAUCUUCUAGAAGUACUGCGAGAGGAACCCCUGGAAGAGUAUCGUGGAAAUAUAAAAAAAUGUUGGCAAAAUUCUGAAAUCAAUUUUCAAAUUUCUAAAUUAAAGAAAGGAAAAGGAGGACGUUUUAGUUCCUGGAAUAUGGGAUUUCCCAGAAGUUGUUAGAAGUAUUUUAUUCUGGGAAAAAAUCUUGGCGUAACAUGUCUGUACCUUGCUAUACAACACCUUGUAUCCUACCUUUGUAUCAUACACACACUACCAGAAAUAAACAGUUUUUGAUUGACUCGUAACUUGUUUACAUAGGAAGGAUACUGCAAGAUGACGUCACGAAGCCGUGCACUGACAGUUCAGCGAGCUUGUUUACAUGGACUUAGUCUCUGGCGGAGAUCCGGCAAAACUGUUUUUCGAUACAACUUCAGUAAAACGGUAAUUAGACGAUUGGUUUUGUAUUAGUAGAGUUGAAUAUAAUCGAUAUUUCCUUAUCAUAAUGGUUUCGGGACGUAAAACGUAAAUUUAAUUUUCGUCGCUCGUUAAAAAUUCUAACACCUUGUAAACAAGCUCGCUGAACUGUCAGACAAAGUGAGGUUAGAUCAGGUGCUUGCAGUACCCUAUGGUGUCAGAAGGAACCGUGUCGUGAAAAUUGUUUUAAUAGAUAAAUGCGGUAAAAUCGCAGAAAGAAACAACUCGACGAUGGAGAUAACGUGCCAAUUAUUCGACGUAGAGAAAAAUUCGGGAGUCGGCCGGCGUGAAAACGUUUAAUUUCGUCAAACAAGAUUAUCCACCAAGAGAUCUAGUAAGAUGGCGUCGUCUGCCGAAGCCCAUCGUGCUGGGGGAAAACACGGAAGAGUUGGAUUCGGCAAUAUUCAUUAUGCGUGACCGCAUCACAGCUGUCAGAAAAGUCAGAUGAAGUGCCAGGUGGCAGCGUUCAUGAGUGCGAUUGGGGAAGACUGUGUGCGAAUUUUCGAUACUUUCUGCCUGCGUCCUGAUGAAGAAAACGACGUCGAAGUGAUCAAAACAAAGUUUGAUGAGUAUUUCACACCCAAGUCGUGCAUUAUGUUCGAACGGUAUAACUUCAAUCAAAAAUCGUUCAGCAAGAAGGCGAAAGUUUGUCAGGGGAUCCUAAUUUACUACCCAAACAAUGCGGGGAAUCUGUUUCUAAUAGAGUAUCGCGUGGAAAUGAGACUCUUGUGUUUGAGUAUCCCUGGAUGGCGGUUAUACGGUACAUGGAGAAGGGAAGAAUCGUGGACCGUUGCGCUGGAACACUAAUCAACGAGCGGUACAUCCUAACAGCAGCACACUGCAUCAGAAAUGAAAAUCUGCACAGCGUUAUUCUUGGAGAGCACACCAAAGGUCAGGACAGAGAUUGCAACAAAUAUUACGAUUUUAAGGGAAUGCUUGAUCAUGAUCAGACGGAUUGUGCUGAACCUGUUGAAGAAUUUGGCAUUGAAUCGUUUGAAUAUCAUCAUGAUUUUAAUCGGCCCAGGUUCAGCAACGACAUAGGACUGCUACGGUUGAAUCGCAGUGUAAUUAUGAAAGAUCAUAUCAAACCGAUCUGCUUGCCAGUUUUAUCCGAGCUUCGAAAUAUGGCGCCCUUGAAUAAGUACAUCGUGACCGGUUGGGGAACGACGGAGAAUGACAACCCCUCGGAUGUACUGCUCCAAGCCGUUCUGCCACGAGUAAGUAAUGGAGCUUGUCAGGAGAGAAUCGAUCGAUCGCGGCUCAACAUUCAGCUAGGCAGCAAGCAGAUGUGUGCUGGAGGUAAAAAUAAGGUCGAUACGUGCAAAGGAGAUUCCGGUGGACCGCUGAGAUUCUUUGCGAAUCAUGAAGAAGGAACUCGAUUCGUACAGUUUGGCAUAGUCUCCGUCGGGACAGCAUCUUGUGGACAACAAAACGUGCCCGGGGUAUACUGCGUCGUGGCUGAUUACAUGGAUUGGAUACUGGACAAUAUGCAGCCCAGCUUUUGAUCAUGACUAUUUGGGUUUAUUUUUCGAUGGAUACAAAAAUCAACGUAGUGUAUUAUCUUAACAAUACUGUAUCUUGGCGUGUAUACUUCUAUAUGCAACUUUCAACAGGGAUAAAUUUGAUAUUUAGAAUAUAACAAAUAAAAUAUGCACUAACUUAAACCAUCAAAAUGCAUGAUAUAACAAGCGAAUAUUUCAAGACACGAAAUCCUUAUUAUGUACUAGUUUAUUUGUGGAUGCAGUAGCGCCCGUGGCAAGUUUUUUUUUCAAUAUAAACGGUUCAUGUGUAAUUUACGCUUGUAGAUUUUAAAUAAGAAAAGCAUUACCUAUUUCUACGUUUUGAAUAGAGUUUUUUUGGUGAAUUCAAUGCAGCUUAUAUUUACAUCUGAAAAUACUUCGGUGAAGUCACCGGACAGACAAACAAGGCUAUCUGUGUUAUUUCCAGUAACUGCUGCAUUCGGUUGUCUAAGAGUGACAGAUUCUUUUCUGCAUUAAAAAAAUCAAAAUUUUUAGCGUCUGUUGUCUGUGUGUGUGUGUUUUUUUUUUCAUCAAAUGCUGAGUCUGGUUGUCAAAGGUUGUCACUGGUUUUGUUUUCUGCAUCCGAUACUAAAAAACAAUUAAACUGUCAAAUAUUUAAAAAAAUCAAAAUUUACAACGUCUAUUGUUUGUGAUUUUUCAAUGCUGUGUCUGUUUGUCUAUGGUUGCCACUGGUUUUGUUUUCUUCAUCUGACAGUAAAAAAGCAUCAAAGUGUCAAAUUAAAAAAAAAUCGAAAUUUCCAACGUCUGUUGUCUGUGAUUUUUUUCAUCGAAUGCUGUGUCUGGUUGUCACUGGUUUUGUUUUCUUCAUCUGACAAUAAAAAGCUUAAAAGUGUCAAAUUAAA